AUGAAAAACAUCAGUACGUUACACAUCCAACCUGAUUUUAAUGAGUCUAUUCAACAAGGUGAAAGCUUUUAUUUAAAUAUUGACAUAGAUAGUAAUACAAUUGAUGAGAUAAAUUUUGAAAAGACGAAUGAGAACGAAUAUUCCUCGACAAACGACCUCAAUAUAAGCUUCAAAAAAAGUAAAACCAAUUUAUUUGAAACUAAGAUAAAUGAUUUUAAUUAUGAAUUUCAAACUGGUCAAGAAUUUAAAUUUGCACAGUUAAAGGAAGAUCCAAACCAAGAUAUUAACGUCACUUCCAUUGAUGGUACCAAUGAUAAGAUAGUUGUUGGAGAUAGUGAAGGGAAUAUAGAGAUCUUAAACAAUGACAAUACUUCGAAAGAUAAAAUUAGUUUUACUGAAUCGUUAGUGAUCCCACAAGCACAUUUUUCUGGUAUUACUAAAAGUAAAAUAUUUCCAAGUGGCGUUGUUCUUUUAACUGGUUCUAUUGACAUGUCAAUAAAUAUAUUUUCUAUGACAGAUGGUUCCAAUCCAAGGACUUUUAAGGGACAUUCUAAAAGGAUUAAUGAUCUUGAUAUGAUUGAAAGAGGUAAAAACUUUAUUUCAUGUUCAGAUGAUGGUACCAUAAGAUUAUGGGAAUGUAGCAAAGGUGUUUGCGAAAAAGUUAUAAAUAGAUUCGAGAACCCAUAUGAUGGCGUCACUUCCAUUAGAGUUGAUCCAUUAAAUAAUCAGAUAAUUUACGGUAGUUAUGAAAGUGGUGUUGUUGUUGGAUAUGAUUUGCGUGCCAUUAAAGAUAAUAAGAUUAAACAAUUGAAUAGUGAAUUUAUGAGUUCAUGUAUUGGUGUAGAAUUGUUGAAUGACAAUUAUAUUUUAACUGGGUAUGAGGAUGGUAUUUUAUGCAAAUGGGAUAAACGUAAAGAUUGUGAAAUUAUUGAAAGUAUUAAGAUUUGCGAAAAUUUACAGAAGAUUAAUAUGAUUGAUGAAACUAGAAUAAUUACAAGUGACUUAGAUUCAACAACGAUGUUAAAUAUUGGCGAAAGUGUAGAUAAGAUCCGUUAUUUGGUGGAUGAACAAGAUAGAGGAUGUAAUGACACAUGGUAUAACAAGAAUACUAUGGAACUGAUGACCGUGGGUAAAUAUAAUAAGUUUACCAUUUAUAAUCAGCUCUGA